ACUGUUCCAACGCACAGUGACGGGGGUGUUCAACUCGAUCAAGACGGCGGUUGGUGCUGAAGGGGGGGAGGGCGAAGAGCCUCCGAAGACCUUGCACGACUGGACCUAUGUCUGCACCAGCAUCGAGCUCAGUGUGGGUGGCGCGGUGUCGCGGCUGGUGGGCGCGCGCCGCGCCUGCGCGCACGUCGAGGCGGCGCAAGACUCGCUCCACCACCUGCGCGCGCGCACCGCCCCCCUCACCCCCGCCCCCGCGCCUGAAGACUUCGAGGAGUGGUGCGCGGGGUGCGGGGCGAGCUGGUGCGGCGCGUGCGCAGUGGCGGCCGGCGCGGGGCUCGUGACGUCACACGUGGCGCUCCGCCUCGCCACGCUGCUGCUCGCGGAUCUCGGUGAAUCCUUGCUGCAAUCCUGGCUAGCCGACCUGGCCGCGUGGCUGCGUAGCCAGGUCUUCGUUAUAUUCGAGCAGUUGUCGGAGCGAGACGACACUAGUUUCACCGGCACAGGAGUCGACACGCCUUUAAAUGUGGACGAGACUUGUCGAGUCUUGUUGGAAAACACACCAGCUCUCCUAAACGUGUUUGGCGAAGAAACAGUGUCAUCGGCGGCUAAACUGCUGGUGACCAGCUUCACUCACAAGGAAAUCAACAAAGACAUAAUCUUUAGAGUCCUCGACCUCUUUGCUGGACACUUCAACAUGGCUGCCGAACUAAAAAACCCAACUUUUGAUAGUACCUAA